AUCAACAACAGGAAUUAAGUGAUUUAAUUAAAAUAGCACACUGUUGAAAAUUACUGUCUCAUUGGCAGCCUUAAUUUGUGGCUGAAUUAUUAUAAUGGUGUCUGAUUUCACUGUAUUAGGUGUUAGGUUGAGUGAAAGUUUGAGAAGUAAUUGCACACCUAGAUUGUCCUGCCACAUCCUAUUUCUCAAGCCCACCCUCGCUGGAAUACAAUUGUCAUCUGCAUGAACUUCAGUGUCUUAUUGUGUGCACAUAAAGUUCCUCUGUAAUAUACUUGAACUUCAGAGUAAGUUAGCCACCAUUUAAUAUAAGAGAGUUUGGAAAAAUGACAGUGACAAAUCCAAUCCCAUAAAGAAGUUAGUGUUAAAGGUCAGUGUUGUGGUAAAAUGUUGGUUAGAAAGAUCCAACAAUACCAAUAAUGUGUUUGGUGUCUUGUGAAAAAGAGUAUGUUCAAAAUAUCCAAAAGAAUAAUUUAUUUUAUCCUUUCAAAUCUCUAGCAAUUCUUGAUCACCUGGAAUACAAUAAAAAGGAAAAUUUCCUACUUUCUUGAUUACCUAUUGUUUUAAUAUUAAAAUUUUUUUUAGAUACAGUUUACAAAAAUGAAUCGACUUCAUAUGUGAUUACAAUUUCUCCAGACUAAUUGCCGUAUUAUUUUCUUUAUAAAAACAACCGGUGCGCUGGCUGACGCAUGCACGAGGAGAUUAGGUCUGCCUCUCUAUUCAAACCUCGCUACUCUGAUUCCAACCCAUCCACAGCAGCAGCACGAGAGAACAGGAAGUGCUCAGAUUCGGGCUUUGAGGGAUCGUCUCAGUUCACGUGUUAUAAAAAGGUUCCCAGGGAAACAGCACAUCAGCACCCAAAGCAUGCUGCUUCGCCUUCAAACAAUCAUUUAAACAGCAGACUGGGCUUCAUCACUGAGUUGCCAGCACAGUGUCUGAAAUGUGUGCCGCUGUAAGGAACUGUAACUCCAAAUAACUCCAGGAAUCACUGCAGAAGAUGAAGAAGCAUUCGGCUAGAGUGGCACCAAUAGUUGCUUACAGUGCCUCAGUUUUAACAGCUUCAACAAUAGAAGGAGAAGAAGCUUCAGAGAAUCGGAAUGAAAACCUUAACCCCGAUAAUAAUGCUAAGACACGCUGUCAAUCAUGCUCCUCAGCAUUCUUCAAGAUUUUCUGGGGCUUUCUGGUCAUUCUUUCUGUGUCAUCCUCCUGGGUUGGUACCACACAGAUUAUCAAAGUCACAUACAAGAGCUUCCAUUGUCCUUUAUUUAUGACUUGGUUCUCUACAAAUUGGAACAUAAUGUUUUUUCCUAUAUACUACUCGGGACACCUUGCAACAGCACAAGAAAGACGGACAAUAAUUAAGAAAAUUAGAGAAUGCAGUAGGAUAUUUGGUGAAGAGGGACUAACUCUGAGACUCUUCCUGAAAAGAACAGCCCCAUUUUCUAUCCUCUGGACAUUAACUAAUUACCUAUAUUUACUGGCUUUGAAGAAAUUAACAGCCACAGAUGUUUCUGCUCUCUUUUGUUGCAACAAAGCAUUUGUCUUUCUGUUGUCUUGGAUUGUGCUCAAAGACAAGUUCAUGGGAGUUAGAAUAGUUGCUGUAAUCAUGGCAAUUACUGGAAUUGUAAUGAUGGCAUAUGCAGAUGGUUUCCACGGUGAUUCAAUCAUGGGAGUCGCACUGGCUGUUGGAUCUGCAUCCACGUCAGCAUUAUACAAGGUCCUAUUUAAAAUGUUUCUGGGAAGUGCAAAUUUUGGAGAAGCAGCCUAUUUCAUUUCUACUCUGGGCGUCUUCAAUUUAAUUUUUAUAUCAUCAGCACCAGUCAUAUUGUAUUUUACAAAAGUGGAGUAUUGGUCCUCAUUUUCUGCUUUGCCAUGGGGUUACCUCUGUGGAAUUGCUGGGCUUUGGUUAGCCUUCAAUAUCCUUGUGAAUGUCGGCGUUGUCUUAACAUAUCCUAUCCUCAUAUCCAUUGGAACUGUACUUAGCGUCCCUGGAAAUGCAGUUGUUGACCUCCUGAAACAUGAGGUAAUAUUCAGUAUGGUGCGAUUAGCUGCAACAACUAUUAUAUGUAUUGGCUUUCUAUUGAUGCUACUUCCCGAAGAAUGGGAUGAGAUCACUUUAAAGUUUAUUAACAGAUUAAAAGAAAAGAAAAAUGAGGAACAAACAGAAGAUGUCACAGAGUCCAGUGUCCACACCCGGACCAGAAGCAGAGCAAAUGGUACAGUGUCAAUACCUUUGGCUUAAAAGCAAUCAUGUUUUUAAAUGCACGGGAAUGUAUAUUCUGUGAAUAUGAUUUAGUUUUGUGUAACACAGUAUGCUAUUAUGACAUUACUUUUUGAAGCAGAUCUACUGUAUACAAUAUAAAUAUGAUACAGUUUCACUAUAAAGAAUAUAUUAUUGCAAAUUAAUCUUUAUAAAGUUAUAUGGAAAUGGAUGUUAAUGUCUAAUAAAUUUUUGUAUUGAAAGUCCUCACA